UAUAAGAGUACACACAUAAAACUAGGCCAACCAGUGGCAGCCACAUAGAGGUUGAAGAAGGCAGCAACUUCUUCUGUGAGAGUGCUUUUCUGAGGCCUUUGUCUGCUGCUUUCAAAUGGCCUUGGUUUGGGCAGUGAAGCUCCUUCUCUUUUUAUGGCUCUUCAACGUUCUCCCUUCCUCUCAAGGGAAGGGGAAUUUCAAUGAAUAUAGGUACCCAUUCAUCAAGCGUGCAAGCACUUUCCCAUCUGCCUCAUCUUCUUCAUCAAGUGGCCACAACAAUGUCUAUGACUACAUAGUUGUGGGAGGAGGCACAGCUGGUUGCCCAUUGGCUUCAACCCUCUCUCAGAAAUUCAAUGUCUUGGUGCUUGAAAGAGGGGGUGUGCCUUUUGCCAAUUCCAAUGUCUCAUUUCUUCAAAACUUCCACAUUGCUUUGGCAGACACUUCACCUACUUCUGCCUCCCAAGCCUUCAUUUCAACAGAUGGAGUCCUUAAUUCUAGGGCUAGGGUUUUGGGUGGAGGCACUUGCAUCAAUGCUGGCUUCUAUACUAGAGCAAGCACAAGGUUUAUAAAGAGUGUGGGAUGGGAUGCCAAGCUGGUAAAUGAGUCCUAUCCAUGGAUUGAGAAGCAAAUUGUUUACCAGCCUAAGCUUGAGCCAUGGCAGGUGGCUCUAAGGGACAGUCUUUUGGAUGUUGGAAUUUCACCUUUUAAUGGCUUCACUUAUGAUCACCUCUAUGGAACCAAGGUUGGUGGAACCAUUUUCGACAGAUUCGGUCGUCGUCACACCGCUGCUGAACUGCUGUCAUCUGGGAACCCUCAGAAGCUUACUGUCUUGGUCUAUGCCACAGUUCAAAGAAUUGUUUUUGAUAAAUCAGGGAAGAUACCAAAGGCAGUGGGAGUGAUCUUUAAAGAUGAAAAGGGGAACCAACAUGAAGCAGUUCUUGCUGAUAAGCCACAGAGUGAAGUAAUAUUGUCCAGUGGAGCAAUUGGAAGCCCUCAAAUGCUGUUGCUAAGUGGAAUUGGACCCAAAGCUGACCUUGAAAAGUUGAAGAUUCCAGUGGUGCUUGAUAAUAAGUUUGUUGGGAAAGGCAUGGCUGAUAAUCCAAUGAAUGCAGUCUUUGUCCCUAGUAACAAAGCAGAAAAGCAGACACUAAUUCAAACUGUAGGGAUAACCAAGAUGGGUGUGUACAUUGAAGCUAGCAGUGGAUUUAGUCAGUCCAAGGAUAGUAUUCAAUGCCACCAUGGAAUCAUGUCAGCUGAGAUUGGGCAGCUAUCUACUAUUCCCCCAAAGCAAAGAACCCCAGAAGCAGUUCAAGCAUACAUUAGGCGCAAGAGAAACUUGCCCCACGAGGCAUUCAAAGGAGGCUUCAUUCUAGAAAAAAUUGCCAACCCAAUUUCUAAAGGUGACCUUAGCUUGGUCAACACUAAUGUUGAUGAUAACCCCUCUGUCACCUUCAAUUACUUCAGCCACCCGUACGAUCUUCAACGCUGUGUUGAUGGAAUCCGUGUAGCCACGAAGGUUGUGCAAUCAGAGCAUUUCACAAACUACACAAGAUGUAACAAGCAAACUGUGGAGAAGGUGCUUAACAUGAGUGUCGAGGCUAAUGUUAACCUCAUCCCCAAGCAUACCAAUGACACAAAGUCCUUGGAGCAGUUCUGUAAGGACACUGUGAUCACUAUUUGGCACUACCAUGGAGGUGCUCAUGUGGGCACUGUGGUUAGCCCUCAGCACAAAGUUCUUGGUGUAGACAGGGUCCGGGUUGUCGAUAGCUCGACAUUUUCUGAAUCCCCAGGGACUAAUCCUCAAGCCACUGUCAUGAUGAUGGGCAGGUACUUUGGAGCGAAGAUCUUGAGAGAGAGAUUGGGAAGAGCAGCUGGUAUAUAAUGUAAGGAAAUAAGGCCUAUUAGUCAGCAGGAUGAGAGUGACUGAGGGUUAGUUGAAACAGUGUGUGAUGUAAUUUUAGUUGUUUUGAUUCUUAGCAAGCUCUAAUGUGUAAAAAAUUGGCUUGCCGUGUGAAAAUACAUUUUAUUCUAUUUUUAAAUAUCUCUUAGUCUUUAAUCUCAACUACUUUUCUCCCAAG